ACUAGGCAAAACACAAAUGCCGGAGAAGUAGUACUGAGUGUAGACUGAGAACCGAACCAGACGCAGAAGUGUGACGGGAACAAAUGAGCUAAAGAAGAAGAAGAAGGAAACAAAGGAAGAGUAAAGAUAUAAGCGAAAGUGGAUGUUGGUGGUUGUACUGCAGAGGGCUUUGAAGCAAUGGAGAUCUCCAGCACACUGAUUCUAACAGGACUUGUUUUGGCUUUGAUUCUGUUUGUCAGGUGGAAAAGAGACAAAGAGUACAUCUCUCUCCCCCCUGGUCCCAAACCUCUACCCUUAUUAGGGAACUUAUUACAAAUAGACAAGAGUGCUCCCUUUACAACCUUACUGGAGUUCAGUAGGCUUUACGGGACAGUGUUCACCGUGUACUUUGGACGCCAGCGGGCUGUGGUUCUGGUGGGUUAUAAAACUGUAAAAGAAGCCUUGUGUGACCAGGCAGAUGACUUUGCUGACAGAGGUGUCAUCCCUUUUCUACAUAACAUCACAGAAGGCUAUGGUCUGGCCAGUAAUGGACAGUGCUGGCAACAGCUGAGACGGUUCACGCUAGGCACCCUCAGGAAUUUUGGCAUGGGUCGCAAAACCAUGGAAGAAUGGAUUUUGGCCGAGAGCAAAUACCUGAUAGACCGUCUGGCCAAGACAAACUCUGUUCCAUGUGACCCAACAUAUUUCCUGAGCCAGACUGCAUCCAAUGUGAUUUGUGCAUUGGUGUUUGGUCAUCGGUUUGAGUAUCACGAUGACGACUUCCUUCAGUUGCUGAAGAUCAUCAGUCAGACAGUUCUCUUCAUCAACACCCCCUUGGGCCAGCUAUACAACACCUUUCCCUGGCUGAUGGACUGUUUGCCAGGGUACCAGCAUAAAGUGCUGGCUGACACAGAUAAGCUCAAGGCUUUCAUCAUGGAGAAAAUCCACCAACAUGAGAAGACCCUGAGCCCUGCUUCACCCAGAGACUUCACUGACUGCUUCUUAAUCAGACUCAACCAGGAGAAGGACAAUCCAUCCAGUGAGUUCCAUUAUAAGAACAUGGUAGCAACUGUCUUGGGUCUUUUCAUAGCUGGAACUGAGACCACCAGCACAACUCUCAAAUACGCUCUUAUGAUGUUGAUUAAACAUCCAAACAUACAGGAGAAAGUCCAGCUUGAGAUUGACGAAGUAAUCGGACGAGACCGUUGCCCAGUAAUGGAGGACAGGAAGUCCCUCCCCUUCACAGAUGCUGUGAUCUAUGAGGUUCAACGCUACCUGGACAUUGCACCAAUGAAUGUUCCUCAUUAUGCUACCUCUGACAUUGUGUUCAAAGGCUAUAUAAUUCCAAAGGGAACAUAUAUCUUCCCCAUGUUGCACUCUGUGCUGAGAGAUGAAACACAGUGGGAGUCUCCUUGGACUUUUAACCCAGGAAACUUUCUGGAUCACAAUGGGAACUUCAAGAAGAAUCCAGCUUUCAUACCAUUCUCUGCAGGUAAGCGGGCCUGUGUUGGAGAAUCUCUAGCAAAGAUGGAGCUUUUCCUCUUCCUGGUGUCCUUACUGCAGCAUUUCACAUUCUCCUGCCCUGGGGGGCCAGAGAGCCUGGACCCCACCCCUGAGUAUAGCAGCUUUGGCAAAAUAGUACGCAACUAUGAGCUUAUUGCAACACCUCGUUGACUCUUCUCAGUACCCG